AUGACGGAACUUUUCAAAUCGCUCGCCAUUAGGGUCGAUCAGUCGUCGUAUCUAUCGGCUGCGCGCUGUGGCGAAGCCCAAAACGACAUCAAAAGCCGAAAGGAUUUUUCUGCAACCUACUGCAACAAACACGCGAAAUCUAUCAGCAAUCUGAAGAAUAACGCCCACAAAAAGCGUGGCAUUAUAAUGAUGCAGUAUAUGCCGUUUUGUUGCGGACCUGGAGGUUCAACAGCGGUCAGUGGAUCAAGCGGUGGAGGCAACACCCACCACCCAACGGACACUUAUCAAUACAGACAGGCUGCUGCUGCAGCAGCUGCAGCGGCAGCCGCCGCGGCCGCUGCCUCGGCAGGAUCCACAACACACACCAUCUCCGUCCCUGGGGCCAGCGCUCCACCCGCCGCUACAUUCACUAUUGACAAUAUUCUUGCUCCACGACCGGUCUUUCCGACAAGGCACCCACAUUACUUUAUACCGCCACACGUGUUUCAUUUUCAUCAGGACUAUGUGCCGGCAUAUCUUUCCUCAUUCACACUUAAUCUCGCUCCCUCUCUCUCUCCCUCUCUCUCUCCCUCUCUCUCUCUCCCCCUCUCUCUCUCUCUCCCUCUUUCUCUCUCUCACACACACACUCCUUUUCUGAACUCCUUCACGCUUAAUAUUAUGAGCCAUUUUUUGUUUACCUAUUCCCUUCUUUCUUCUUUAAUCCAGUCACCAUUCACUUUUCUCAGUUGUAGAUCUUUUGGAUUAAUUUUUUAUCUUACUUUUUUUCUUUUUGCUUAUCUUUCUACUUUUUACUUUCUGUUUUCUCUUUCCUUUUUCUUUGUACUUUUUCUUUUUCCUUUUUUCCUUUUUUCUUUCUUUUUCCAUUCUUUUUUUCUUUUCCCUUUUUUUCAAACUUUUCUCUUUCCUUUUUUCCUCUGUAUUCUUUUUCUCUUUUCUUUAAACUUUUCUUUGCACACCUCUUCUUUCUUCCCAUUUCAUGUUUUCUGCUUUCUUUUUCGUUUCUUUUCUUUCUUUCAUUCGUAUCUCUUUUUAUUUAUUUUGACUUUACUUUUCUGUUUAUGUCCGCUUUUUUCCGUUAUGAUUUUUCCUUCCUUUUUCUUCUUCUCUUUUUUCCUUUCCUUUCCUUUUUUCCUUCUUUUUUUUUCUCUUUUCGCCUCGUUUUUCCUCUUUGCAUCUUUCUUUUGCACUCUACACUUUUCCUUCUUUUUCAAUAUUUCAUUGCCUUCUUUAUAUAAUUUAUCGGAUUUCAUUUUCCUUGCUGGCUUUCUGAGCCAAAUCAGCGAAAACAUUCAAUUAAUCUAUUGA